UACUUGGCACAAGUCCCAUCCAGACUAUCCUUGUUUUUUUACUCAACAGUCCCGUGCCUGUGGCCACUGUCUCAUAUCCGUCACUUUUCACUGCCGCCUCGAGGACGUCCAACGCUACCCUGGCAAGCCUGGAUCGUCAUUCUCCUGCUGCCCGUGGAGGAAUCGCCUUGUCGCCCAGGCGAAUCUUAUUUGACGACGCCAAGUGACACAGUCCGGCGGUUCAGUUCCGCAAUCUCAGACCUUGUAGUCAAAGCACGACAUACAAAGUCCCGAAUGUCCUCGCCCACCUGCCUUCUCCACUGGCUUCCUCAUGAGAGGGCAUCAAUCUUCGUUCAGAGCUUCCGAACGCUUCUUUCUCCACAUCAAACCCAUAUCUGUUGACCUCGCAUCGUCACCUGUCUGCACUCACAACCACCACUACUGCUCGUCAGAUUUCCACAUAACACAUCAAGCGUCGCCUGCACAGAGCAUUCGUCGCUCACCAAGCAAAGCCGCCACCACCACCACAUUUCCCCUCCCACGCCUUUUCGAAACUAUUCAGCAUGUGUGAAUGGUACCGCCGCGAAUUCGGCUGUCGCCACUACCUCAUCGGCGCCGCAUCGUGGUGUCCCGACUACAGCCGCACCGGCCGCCGCUGUGAGGUCCGCGUUGGGCACAUCGACUACUCUGCCGGCGACUUGCGGGCCGCCGCCCCAUCUCCAUGGAGAGAUGACGACCACGUCAUGACGGAGUGGACAUGGACUGUCAAUAUCUAUCUGAAACUCUCCUCAUAG